CAAAAAGAAAAGAGAACAGUAUUAUAAAGAAGUUUAACAGCAGCCCUCACCUUGAAAGAAUACCUUGACAUCCAUAUAAUAUAACCAAAACCAGUGACACGUUAAAAAAAAUGAAUGUAUAAAUAAAGCUAAACCUAAUUGAGAUUAUUUCAACACAUAUUAUUUUUAGUUUCUAUAUUUGUGUAGUUGAAUAUGUAUAAUGUCCAAUUUAUUGUGCAUUUAUAUAACAGGGUGUGUCUGCUUUAAAGGGAUACUUCACCAAAAAAUUAAAACCCUCUCAUCAUUUACUCACCCUCGAGUUGUUCCAAAUCUUUAUACAUUUCUUUGUUCUGAUGAACACACAAAGAUUUUUGGAAGAAUGCUUAUAACCAGACAGAAUUUACCCCCCAUUGACUACCAUAGUAGGAAAAAAUGCAAUGAUAGUCAAAAGUGCCCCAGAACUAUUUGCUAUCCUACAUUCUUCAACAUGAUUUAUUUUGUGUUCAACAGAACCAAAAAAUAAUAAAGUGAUUUUUCCUACUAUGGGAGUCAAGGGGGGCAAGAUCUGUUUGGUAAUAAGCAUUCUUCCAAAAAUCUUUCUCUGUGUUUUGAUAGAAUUUUCAUUUUUGGGUGAAGUAUUCCUUUAAAAAACAAAAAUGUAUUUAAGAAUUGUGUAGGAAUGUGUUAGCAUGUAUUAUGUGAUGGAGUGGGUGAGUGCGUCUUGGGCAUUAGGCCAAUGACUCUCAUUGGCUGCUGGACUGUAGUACAGUGAGUCGCAAUCUCUAAACAUUCCACGCUCACUCUCACACGCCAUUACCCCACCCUCGCAUGCUACAUGAUUCCCUGUUCACUGACACAACAUGAGCACACAAAUCCUCCUUAUUCAAGCAUUGUUUCAGAGGAAAGAUGCUAGUUUCUAUGAUAGACUGCUGAAGGAGGCUUGCAAACAUGCCUUUCUGGUCUCUUUCUCUCUCUUCAAUGCUGGUUUUUAAUCACCUUUAAUCACAUCAUGCCUUCAGACACAAAACGGCUAGCACAUCACUCAAAGCAAGGUUUACUACUUUAAGUUAACCCCAAAAUGUUCAUCAUUUAUUCACCCUCAUAUCAUUCCAAACCUAUACGACAUCAUUUUUCCUGCGCAACACAAAAGAUGAUAUUUUGAAGAAUGCUAGUAACCGCACAACACUGGUCCCCUUUGACUUCCAUUAUGUUGAGAUAUUUCUCAAAAUAUCUUCUUUUGUGUUCUACACAAGAAAGGCUCAGGUUUACAACAUGGGGGUGAAUAAAUUAUGAUAAUUUUUGGGGGGGUGAACUACUGUAUCCUGGAGAAAAUCCAAAACAUAUAAGUAAAACACAUGCAAUUGUAAUGAGCUUGGAGAUCAGCUGGGUCAUUAGACUCAGAAUGUCACCAUUGGUUAUCCAUGAUACGCAUUGAUCUGUUUUCAGGGUGUUGAUGACUGGUUUUGUUUGGGGUCACAGAUGCACGCAUUGAAUAAUAGCAGCACCAGAUGGUUACACCGUCUCCCCGUGGGUGACCUUAGCCCGGAGCCUGAUAUAAACCUGAUAACAAAUAAACCACAUUACAAGGGCUAUAAAAUCAUCAGAAUAAAACUCCACAAGAGUGACUAAACCUGAAGCUUGACACUAUUCUAAUACAUCAACUAUUAAUGGUUAAUGCCAAACCUUGGACCACUAAGUAAUGGCAAAAAAGGGGCCGUACACAUACACACCUGCAUACACAUUUGCGAACACCCCGUGCAUACAUAUAACAGACAAGCCCUGUAGUCGAAAUGGCUAAUCCUGGUUUAUGCUUCUAUGGGCCGACCUUGAGCGGGCCAAACGAGGAUAUUCAUCAUGUGCCCACUGAGAAGACAUUUUCUCUCUCACUUCCAUGGCACAGGGAUGAAACACUUCGUCUGAAUAAACCGGACAGACUAAUCGUAGACGUGUAGACGUAAAACCGUACCGCAGCCUGGAAGUGAAAGCUAUCCACAGAACUGGGACAGCCCGUCAUGACUAAGCUACAGCCAGGAACAUGCUCAAGAUGAAGUGAGAGAACGCUUUUUCCCAAGGUGCCUAUUUAGCAGGUCUCCCGCCCUUCUCAAAAUGUGAUAUCGCACCAAAUAAACACAAUAGGAAGGAAUGUUACUGUUUAUCUGAGAGAAGACCUCCAUCGUCGAGGCUAAAAUGUUGAAGACGGAGGCCUCGGCAGAGAGGAAUACCCUUAGGAGUGCUUCCCCGCACCGGAACGCCUACAGGACAGAUUUCCAGGCUCUAAAGAACACCUUUGAUCAACCUAGACAUGAUGGAGAUCGCAAGCUCAAGGACCAAGAGGGGGUCAGGCAACACCGAGGAAGGCAAUAUGGGGCCCAUGUCAGUCGUAUCAAGAACAUGUUCAUGCAGAUGGGUACCGAGAACACCGGCUCCAAGAAACAUGGAGGGGAUGAGACCUCCCCACAGAAACUCACCAAGCCGACAAACUUCAUCAACAAGGCGGAUGGGUCAGUAAUUAAGUUCCAGCAUGGUAAUGGAGAGCGGACUGGUGGUGACCAUCACAACUCCAAGUUCUCAGAAACAAGGAAACUCUUUGAGCAGAGCUCCAGAGAUGCUUCACAGUCACCCGUGUACUCUUCCGGUAAAGAGAAGAGGGGUUCUCACGAGCAUUUGGAAGACUGGCGGAGCCCGCGUUCGAACAGAGGCAGUACGGACUCUUUGGACAGUCUCUGCUCAAGGACAGAGGCCUCGUCACCCACUGUGAGUCAGCUCAGCGCUGUGUUCGAAAAUAUAGACCUGCAGGGCUCCGGUGCUACUGUUAGAAAAGGCGGAAGGGGGCUGUACUCCCCGGAUGGUCUGAACAGACAAGGGGAUGCCAGCGAGGACGAUAACAGUGCACGGCAGUCUCCAUGUUCUGGUUUCUACAGGACGCGAGCUGGAAGCAAGCAGAAUCUGCCAGUUUCUUCCUCCUUUGAAGAUCUUCUCAGUCCUAGCCCUCUAUGCGGGUCAGCGGAUCAGGUGAAUGCAGAUAGGAAGAAGCCCCAAGAGGGACUGGUGGAGACGGGGAGCGAAAGAUUUGACGGAGGUACCACCGAGGUGAUUGAUAGAGCCAGUGAACCAAAACAUAGAGCAGAAGUGAACUCAAGCGACAUUGUCGAAAGUACCUCAACCUCGGCUCAAGUCAAUGACGCUGCAGUUUGUGACAAAACUUCUGGAAAUUCAACUGAGUCUGCAUCCACUGAGGUCCUUGAGGACACAGACGGUCAUGUGAAAGAGAAGCCUGGCCGGAUUACAGAGGAUCAAGCAGAAGAAUCCGCUGAAAAAUUCUGUAGCAACGAGAGAGUUAUUUUCAAUGUGGAUGGAGAUGCUUGCUAUCAGGGCUGGGGGGAGAGCUGCACAGACUUGGAUGAUGACCUGUAUGAUGAUGACAUCUCUUAUGAUCCUGGAUCAGAGAUCACAGAGAUCCUAGGUCUUCCAGAGGAGAACAAAGAGGAAAUUCCACAAAAACGGAAAAUUCGAUUCAGUUCUGCUCCCAUAAAAGUGUUCAAAACCUACUGCAAUGAAGAUUAUGACAGAAGGAAUGAAGAGGUGGACCCAGUGGCAUCUUCAGCUGAAUAUGAGCUGGAGAAAAGAGUUGAGAAGCUGGAACUUCUCCCUGUGGAACUGGAGAAAGAUGAUGAUGGACUGGGCAUCAGUAUUAUAGGAAUGGGUGUUGGUGCUGAUGCAGGGCUAGAGAAGCUGGGCAUCUUCGUCAAGACUGUUAUAGAGGGCGGAGCAGCGGAGAGAGAUGGAAGAAUUAAGGUGAAUGAUCAAAUCGUGGAGGUGGACGGCACCAGUCUGGUGGGAGUAACACAAAGCUUCGCUGCUUCUGUCUUGAGAAACACUCAAGGAGUUGUCAGGUUCGUGAUUGGCCGAGAGCGACCGGGACAGCAGAGCGAGGUGGCUCAGCUCAUCAGUCAGACUCUGGAGCAGGAGAAACGUCAGAGAGAGAUGAUGGAGCAGCAGUAUGCUCAGUACGAUGCUGAUGAUGAUGAGACAGGAGAGUACGCCACGGAUGAAGAAGAGGAGGCGGGGCAGACGGCAACAGACAGAGACGUGGCUAUUGAGGUUUUCGAUUUACCCGAAAAUGAGGACAUCAUCUCGCCAUCCGAAUUGGAUGCCACCAAACUCUAUCAGAAGUUCAGAGAGCUGCAGAUUAAACACACUGUCACUGAAGCUGAGAUCCAGAAACUCAAGAACAAGCUAGCUGCAGUGGAUAAAGAAAAAGCACGAUGGGAGAGAGAGAAGACACAGCUGAAGCAAAGCAUCGAGGAUAACAAGGAGAGGAUGCUGAAACUGGAGAGCUAUUGGAUCGAGGCUCAGACGCUGUGCCAUACGGUCAAUGAACAUCUGAAGGAAGCCCAGAGUCAGUAUCAGGCUCUGGAGAAGAAAUACAACAAGGCCAAAAAACUCAUUAAAGACUUCCAGCAGAGAGAGCUGGAGUUCACCCAGAGGGAGGAUGCAGAGAAGAAGAAGGUGGAGGAGGUGGAGAGAAAUCAUUUAGCUGAAAUACAGAGUCUUCAAGUGAGGAUUGCUUCUCUGGAGUCCGAGCUGAUGCAGCUGAUGAAACAAAAUGGCAUCCAGGUAAACAAUAACAACAACAGUGCGGAGAGCCGAGCCCAAUUGACUGAGAGACUGGCGGCCUUGCAGUGUCCGAGGAGAAGUGUGCCUGUCGGGGAACUAGGCGAGCUGAUGGGAGCCAUUGGUGCAAAGAGAAUCUGCAGUUCUUCUGAGGGACAAGAGAGCCUGGAAGGGAGGGCCUCUGGGCAUCAAACCUCCAGAGUAUCUGGUGCCGUAGAGGUCCCUCUCAUGUACCCACAGCCUCAGCAGGGACCUAAUAAUGAAGUUUUCACGUCUUCGGUGAAUCUAAAGGAGAAAUCCAGCAAAAAACUACUAGACCUCGGGUCUUCACUGAGGAAAAGUAAAGGGAAAGAUCAGGAUCCCAAAGAAUUUUCUGGUAAAAGCUCCACAGAACUACCAGCAGAGAACAGCCCUGACAGGAGCAAGAGGAAGGUUAUUGGAGUAAAUGAUGACCUCAGCAUCAGCAGUGCGAGCUCACCUGAGCUCAGUGGUGGCCAAAUCGAUGUUAACACGUCUGGUCGACAAAUAAUAACACUGUCUUCAGAUGAGAGUGUGGAUAUGAUUGAAGAUGAGAUUCUGGAUGAAGGUCAGCCUCUCAAACAGUACCAGUGGCAGAACCGCAGUGUGACGGAGUGGACAUGUCAACAGGUGUCCUGCUGGCUCAUGGGUCUGAGCCUGGAACAUUAUGUCUCUCUUUUCGCCACCAAGAAUGUGGAUGGAGAGCAUCUUCUGAAGCUGGACAGCACAGCGAUUAAGGAUCUGGGUGUGGAGUCUUCUCAGGAUCGCGCUCUGAUUAAGAAAAAGCUGAAAGAUCUGAAAGUCCUGACGGAAAAAACUCGGCGAAACAGAGAGAAAAUAGAAAAACAACGCGAGAAACUGCGUAAGAAGGAACUGGAUCAGGUUCAGAAACAGGUCAGGAAAAACAGCAAGUCCUCUGGACAAGGAGAGGGCGCCACUGAAUGACAUCACUUCUCAAACCAUCACUACUGUCUCAACAUGGGCAGCGUAAAAGUAGCAAUGAGUUCAGCAUUUCAAGAGUUCAUCACAAAAGGGGCUUAUUGCUAUUGAGCUGCCAGUGAACAAACUGAAACCAAAAUGUCCAAUACUGGAUUUAAAUGGUCUUUUCAGGUUUUUUUCUUGUUUGGGCAUAAUGAUCACUUGUGUUCCUUGUUUUAGGUCUGAUUAAUAUCUAUUUAUUUGCAUAUGGAGAAUAUCAGUUGAAGUAAAGCGUAUCAGCUUAUAACUCAUGACGGUUAAUAACUGCAUUACAAGCACCUUUAGACGUUUAGACAAUGUACAUACACAACUAACGUGAAUAUGUCUAACGUGCCAUUUUUCUAUCAAAACCAAGACGCGUAUUCCAAGUGAAGGGAGAGACAAUUAAGCGAUUCCUCUCAAAGAUUUCGAGUGCUGCUCACAAGAACCACUACAUUCAGAUUCACUGGCAUACAGCAAACCUUACUGUGAGAAGAAAGCCAUUCCAGAUGAGAUACUCAAAAUCUGUUUGUGGAUUCUUCACCCUAUACUUUCAACCCGGUGUUUGGAUCUCCUUCGAUGACCUGCCAGUAUUCAAGUUGAAUACAACUGCCGAGUGUGUUUCAAUGUGUGAACUUGAAACCUCUGAUCUUUGGAAGACUCAUCUAAGACUUACAUAAGGGGUGGCAACGUGAUUUCAGGAGUCCGAUGUUUUAAACUCCGCUCCAAAGACGAAUGCUGUGUACCCUUAAACAAAAAAUCGAGAACAAGAUUGUUUUGCUGGACCCUGUGCUGCUUUUAUUCCACAGCUACCUGCUUUUACCCUCUACAAUGCCCUGAGAUAGAUUCUCACUUAGACCCAAGUGCUGCCUUUUGAAGUGCUAUAGAGUUUGUAUUGGUUUAUUUUGUGGUUUGAGGAUGUGGAUCACAUUAAUCGUGUUAAUGCACCACAGUUUUUUCUGGCUUCCAAAUGUUUGUAGAGCAUAUGACAUAUGUGCACUUAAAAUGGACCUGUAUCUAUACCUGUGUUAUUUUAUCUACUAUAAGUUUGUCAGGAUAGAUUUCAUUCCUUUUUAUCCCAUCGUUUUUGUCAGUUCAUUUUCAAAUUCUGAAAGCAGAAAUUUUGUUACUUGGUAAAUAAUAGUGUUUAGUAAUGUAAUUGAAUGCAUUGAGUAAUCAAAAGACGGUUUCUUUAGACAACUUUAUUUAGUUAACUUCCUGUCUGUGUUUAUUUAUAACAAUUUAUAUUUUAUUUAUAUUAAUAUUACUUUAUAUUCACAUUUUAUUGUAAAUUAAUUGUUUUAAAUGAAAUUAAAACUACUGAACAUUUAUUAAUUCUUUGCAGAGGCCACAUUUGUUUAGGUUGUUGUCGCUGAAACCGUCUAUUGAUUUGUCUGCGGUUAUGUAUUAACAUUUAUGCAACGCAUUUCCAAAUUAUAUGCAUUGUAAGUAUACAAAAACACAGCUGGACAAAUUGCCAUUAUUUGCAUUUCUUAUUCAGCAAUGAUAUUAACAUUUUUAAGCAUUUUAAUUUCACUUCCCAAAUUCAAAUGUCAAUAUGUCUACAUUUUCAUCAUUCCUGUCUUCAAGAAAACACACUGUCCUCCCAUCUGUGAUGAUACAUAAUGUUCAUAUUUACAUGUGACUUACUGCUUGUUUCCAUAGCAACAUGAAGGCAGCUUUGGUGGUUUUUGGGCACUGUGCAGAGUACAUUAGGCAGUGUCGGAUGACCCUGCGCAUACAUUUCCCUCAAAGGUUACUAGAUGUAAGAUUUAAUUCAUUGUCCAUUCUUAAUUAUUUAUCUUAAAAUGUACUUCUGUCUUAGUGUUAUUUAUUUUUUCCAAAUCAUAGAAAUCUUUGUAAAUCAGCUAAUAUUUAUUUGCGAAGCAAAAAAAUUCAGUGAUAUUUUGAGAUUGUAUGUUUCUUUAUUAACUCACAAUGCUCUUGUGAACCUAUCUUCAUUAUCAUUAUUGCAAAAAUAAGCUUGUCUUUAACACGAUCAAAUAUUUUCCAACCCUCAGCUAUCCAUGUACAAUACUGACUUUUCUAUGGUAAAGUUGAAGCAAUAGCUUUUGAGCCUGGCGUUUUUAUAACUUCCUGUUGUCUCAGUUCCAUGAGUUCCCCGUAGAGGGUUCACCGGGCCUGUCUGUCUGAAUGUGUUUACAUGCAGGGAUAAUCACCUACGGAUUUCAUUCAUGUAUCAUUUUCACAGAUAUUUAGGGCGCUUAUCUGACGUAUUAAGUUGUUUUACCCUGUUGUUGGUAUACUGUAUGGCAGAAUCAGUCAGGGUUUAUAGAGAAAUUGCACGCAAAGCCUGAGUACAGAGCAUUACACUAUAUAUUUUGUUUCGUCAUACCCGCAUGAGGGACCUCAAUGUGCCAUACCCGUUCUUUCCAAAAUUACUAAAUCUUUUAUUUUUGUUUGUGGAAAAUGAAAAGCCUUGUGAGCGUUUGUCAUGUUGGACUGUAAAUACACUUCAAAUGAAAUAAUUGGUCAGAUAAAUACAAUGAGAGAUCAUUCCAA